UGGUCAUUGUCCCCUGAUUGCAAAACAAACUGACUUUCAAAAGAAGAUCUGCUGUCACUUCUUGCCUAAGAAACUGUACCAUGAAGAUUCAUCUCUUUCUCUUUAUUCUGCUCUUUUGGGUCACAAUUUUACCAGCCAAAAAGAGGUAUCCUGAAUAUGGUAGUUUGGAUUUGAGGUGGGAGUGCAGAAUGAGUAAAGGUCACUGUAAGACCCAGUGCUCUGAAAAUGAAUUUAGGAUUGCUUUCUGCAUAAGACCUGGAACUCACUGCUGCAUCUAGAACUGAAGACUGUGGAUGAAAAGAUACACAUAACCCCAAAGGAAGAACAAGUCUAAUUAAGUCUUCCCAGCAAAACUUUCAAGAUAUGUGUGUCUCUGUAA